AUGCUGCUUUUCUCAUUAGGCAAGCAACAUGGCUAUGAUACAGAGCGCUUUGUUGGCUAUGUGAAUGAGGGACUUCUGUGCUACAUUUGUCAAGAUGUGCUGGUAAACCCACUUCAGGCACCUUGUGAACAUGCCUUCUGCAGUACCUGCAUCCACGGCUGGUUGGUGCAUCUCCAUAACUGUCCUGAGGACAGACAAUCACUUGAUGUUUCAGUGUUGCGGCCUUUAUUCAGGUAUAUGAAGAAUGACUUGAAACGAUUGCAGAACCGAUGCAGAAACAGAGAACAUGGCUGUAAUAUGGUUUGUUCACUUGAAUCUAUAGAUCUGCAUGAGCGGGAGUGUGAAGAUUGCUGGAUUCCAUGCAUCAAUGCCCGCAAGCAACAUGGCUAUGAUACAGAGCGCUUUGUUGGCUAUGUGAAUGAGGGACUUCUGUGCUACAUUUGUCAAGAUGUGCUGGUAAACCCACUUCAGGCACCUUGUGAACAUGCCUUCUGCAGUACCUGCAUCCACGGCUGGUUGGUGCAUCUCCAUAACUGUCCUGAGGACAGACAAUCACUUGAUGUUUCAGUGUUGCGGCCUUUAUUCAGGUAUAUGAAGAAUGACUUGAAACGAUUGCAGAACCGAUGCAGAAACAGAGAACAUGGCUGUAAUAUGGUUUGUUCACUUGAAUCUAUAGAUCUGCAUGAGCGGGACUGUGAAGAUUGCUGGAUUCCAUGCAUCAAUGCCCGCAAGCAACAUGGCUAUGAUACAGAGCGCUUUGUUGGCUAUGUGAAUGAGGGACUUCUGUGCUACAUUUGUCAAGAUGUGCUGGUAAACCCACUUCAGGCACCUUGUGAACAUGCCUUCUGCAGUACCUGCAUCCACGGCUGGUUGGUGCAUCUCCAUAACUGUCCUGAGGACAGACAAUCACUUGAUGUUUCAGUGUUGCGGCCUUUAUUCAGGUAUAUGAAGAAUGACUUGAAACGAUUGCAGAACCGAUGCAGAAACAGAGAACAUGGCUGUAAUAUGGUUUGUUCACUUGAAUCUAUAGAUCUGCAUGAGCGGGAGUGUGAAGAUUGCUGGAUUCCAUGCAUCAAUGCCCGCAAGCAACAUGGCUAUGAUACAGAGCGCUUUGUUGGCUAUGUGAAUGAGGGACUUCUGUGCUACAUUUGUCAAGAUGUGCUGGUAAACCCACUUCAGGCACCUUGUGAACAUGCCUUCUGCAGUACCUGCAUCCACGGCUGGUUGGUGCAUCUCCAUAACUGUCCUGAGGACAGACAAUCACUUGAUGUUUCAGUGUUGCGGCCUUUAUUCAGGUAUAUGAAGAAUGACUUGAAACGAUUGCAGAACCGAUGCAGAAACAGAGAACAUGGCUGUAAUAUGGUUUGUUCACUUGAAUCUAUAGAUCUGCAUGAGCGGGACUGUGAAGAUUGCUGGAUUCCAUGCAUCAAUGCCCGCAAGCAACAUGGCUAUGAUACAGAGCGCUUUGUUGGCUAUGUGAAUGAGGGACUUCUGUGCUACAUUUGUCAAGAUGUGCUGGUAAACCCACUUCAGGCACCUUGUGAACAUGCCUUCUGCAGUACCUGCAUCCACGGCUGGUUGGUGCAUCUCCAUAACUGUCCUGAGGACAGACAAUCACUUGAUGUUUCAGUGUUGCGGCCUUUAUUCAGGUAUAUGAAGAAUGACUUGAAACGAUUGCAGAACCGAUGCAGAAACAGAGAACAUGGCUGUAAUAUGGUUUGUUCACUUGAAUCUAUAGAUCUGCAUGAGCAGGAGUGUGAAGAUUGCUGGAUUCCCUGCAUCAAUGCCCGCAAGCAACAUGGCUAUGAUACAGAGCGCUUUGUUGGCUAUGUGAAUGAGGGACUUCUGUGCUACAUUUGUCAAGAUGUGCUGGUAAACCCACUUCAGGCACCUUGUGAACAUGCCUUCUGCAGUACCUGCAUCCACGGCUGGUUGGUGCAUCUCCAUAACUGUCCUGAGGACAGACAAUCACUUGAUGUUUCAGUGUUGCGGCCUUUAUUCAGGUAUAUGAAGAAUGACUUGAAACGAUUGCAGAACCGAUGCAGAAACAGAGAACAUGGCUGUAAUAUGGUUUGUUCACUUGAAUCUAUAGAUCUGCAUGAGCGGAGUGUGAAGAUUGCUGGAUUCCAUGCAUCAAUGCCCGUGCGUAUCAAUAGGACAUUUUCAGUUACUGCUUGUACAGUAUACAACUUCGAAAUGUACCCCAAUUUAAAUAUUUUAAGAUGA